AUGGCUGAUGCUGCACCAACCGCGUCUCUCUCCUCUCCCGAGGCAGCGCAAUGGAACAAAGAGCUUAUGCAAAGAUUUCAAGUCGCACUGGAGAAAGAUCCCACGGCUGAUCUUAUGUCGAUGUUUCCCUCCUCGUAUCUCCACAAACAUCAAAUCGCUCAGUACCGCCAGCAAUCCUAUGCCGGUCAAAUCAAUUCCCGGACGUUGAACGAACUACAAGAUAGACUGGAUCAUGAACCAGAAGUCAAUCUGCUAUCUAUAUUCCCAAAGAACUACACUCGCAGGAUCACAAUGGCGACAGACAAACCCGACAAGAAAGAGUCCCCUGGGUCCCGUGAACGCCUUGAUCUCGCAGAGACUGCUUCCGUCGUCUUCCCUUUAUCGGAGGAGGUGACUGCUCUGCUUGCACCGUAUUCCGAAGACAGAACCGGAGACUCUGGGAAAUCACUUCUUCACUCAUUGAAACAAAUCCUUUGCAAUUCGCCCUCGCUCUGGGAUGAUUGCAGCCGACGGAUCGUGGUCAAAUGCAGCGAUAAUAUUGUGGUCAAAGUCAUCAUGGGAACCAAGGAAUUCACAGAGUAUACGACCUUGCAAUACCUUGCAGAGCAUAUGCCUGAUAUUCCUGCUCCAAGGCCCCAUGGUGUGAUAUUGUUUGCUCCGUUCCGUGCUGUAUUCAUGUCAUAUAUUCCCGGAACGACAUUGACUCAAGCAUGGCCUACUAUGACCCACGAUGAGAAGGUAUCCAUACAACACCAGCUGGAUGAAAUCCUCUGCCGAAUGAGGCGUCUCCGACCACCUGAUGGCAGCAUGUUAGGAGGAGUCACCGGCGAAGGUGUCAAAGAGAUGCGAAUUUCUGAACGCUCCUUGUUCAAGAAAAUCAUGACAACAACAGAAUUCAGCGACUUGCAAUUUUCUGCUCGCCAUCAUGGUAGUAAUACCUAUGUCAAGUUCUUACGUUCUCUCUUAGAACAUGACCGAUCUACUUCGGAACAAGAACUGGUGUUCACCCAUGGUGAUAUCAGGACUGACAAUAUCAUAGUGACGCAGGGUACUGAUGUAAACAGCGGCUACAUCGUCUCUGGGAUCAUCGAUUGGGAGAACAGCGGCUUCUAUCCGGGAUUUUACGAAUGUACCACAGUGACCCGCACAAUGAGUAUGGUGGAUGAAGAUGAAUGGUUUCUGUAUUUGCCGGAUAGCAUCUCACCAUCUCAUUAUCCUGUACGUUGGCUGGUGGAUCGGCUUUGGGAGAUUCAUAUCUGGACCACGUAGUGCAUUUGUUUCUAAUCAAUGCGAUCAUUU